AUCGCAGUGUAAACACACAUAGUAUUAUUUUGUUUUUAUUUAAUUUUUGAAAACUGUUGUAGUCGUAAGAAACUAAUAAUAGCGGCUUUUGAGAUAGAUAUAGAAGGAUCUUUCAUCAUGUGGUUCACCCGAAAUCUCAGCAUUUCCAUAAAUGUCCUACAGAAUUUACCCAAAUCCAUGCAUUAUGGCUUUAUUGAUUCCCAGUUUGGCAGAAUAUUAUUGGGAGUCUCUGCGCCUGGAGACGAUGGAAAUCCAGGAUUCAUUUAUUUGCUAUACUUUGUACAAAAGGACGAUUCCACUUCAAUUGCAAAAAUUGGAGAACAUUGGCCCAAGGUGAAGCUGCAAGAAGAUGAUAUUCUCAUAGAUAAAUGGCGCCAAAAGCUGUUCUCAGAGGACAAAGAGAAUCAUCAGAUUAUUGAGGUGGCUGUCCAUGGUACUGAAUUCCAAGUCAAAGUGUGGAAGGCGUUAACUAAAGUAGAGACUGGCUGCACUUGCUCAUAUGCCCAGCUAGCGGAAAUGGUGGAGCGGCCAAAGGCUGUGCGUGCUGUCGCCACUACAGUGGGACGAAAUGAGGUUUCUAUUCUCAUACCAUGCCACCGGAUUGUGUCCCAGAAUGGACAAUUAAAAUAUGGCUGGGGUGGUCAGCUUAAAAAACAAUUGUUAGACUUUGAAGCAAACUUGGGAUAAAAUUUCGAUUUGAAUGCAUA